AUGGUCCUAGACUUGAAGUAUGACACUGCCCGGCAAUACUACAUCUGUAUCCCUGCUACAGAACCAGGUCCACUCCCGGAUGUUUUUAUCAACAUAUACCGCAAGCGAAAUCGCAUUGAGUGCCAGACGUUGGAUUUGGUCAAACUCAAUCAAAAGAUCACCGAUGCCCACAGCGAGGUCAUAAACAUGAGCGACCAGACAAUCCAGGACCUGCUCCGAGACGUGUGCACCGAAGUAUCCGGGCUUUUUCGAGUCAGUGAAGCAAUUGCAAUGCUAGACAUGCUCGCGGCAUUCGCUCAGCUAUCAACGAACCAUGAGUACAUCAGACCAGAGCUGACUGACACUCUCGCCAUCAAGGCGGGCCGUCAUCCGAUCCGAGAACAGAUUCAUAGCAGCAAGUUCAUCCCAAACGAUGCAUAUGCAACGCCGCAAACAAGAUUCCAGAUCAUCACAGGCUGCAACAUGAGCGGCAAAUCGACCUACAUCCGCUCACUAGCUCUGGUUACAGUCAUGGCACAGAUAGGCUGCUUCAUCCCAGCUCAAUAUGCCUCCUUCCCAAUCUCCCACCAACUCUUCGCUCGCGUUGCCACAUCAGAUGAUUUAGAUGCCAAUGUCUCGACCUUCGCAGCGGAGAUGCGCGAGAUGGCAUUCAUCCUUCGUAACAUCCAGCCACGCAGUAUGGUCAUCAUCGAUGAGCUAGGCCGCGGCACUAGCACAACCGACGGUCUCGCGAUCGCCGUUGCGCUAGCUGAAGCACUCAUCUCUAGUAAUGCCCUGGUCUGGUUUGUCACACACUUCCACGAUCUGGCACAGAUUCUUGCCGAGCGCAGCGGUGUGAUCAAUCUCCACUUAGCAGCAGGGAUCGCACCCGACGCAUCCAAGAUGACCAUGCAGUACCGUAUUGCAGAGGGUCCUGUUCCAGAUCGUCGAUAUGGACUUGUCCUCGCCAAGCUCGCUGACCUCCCAUCUGCCGUCCUGAACAAGGCGCGCUCCGUCUCAGAGGCAAUGGACCAGCUGGCCAAGCGUAGGAACAGUCCGUCGCGUGCUGUUGCUAUUGCACAGAAGCGGAAGUUGCUUUUGUCUCUGCGUGAACAGUUAUUACUUGCCCGUGACGGCACGAUGGAUGAUGCUAGUCUUCGGGCUUUGUUGGUUAAACUGCAGGAUGACUUUGUGCUGCGCAUGACUGCCAUAAAGAGAGAAAUGGAGUUAUACCCCGAUGAUGAAAGUGCCACGGAGGCCCCUACUGAAUCUGUUUCCAACUUGUCGGUUCAUACACCUACCCAAGCGGUGGGUUCGAGUAAGGAUAACGAGGGAAUGGACAACACACUUGUCUCCAAACCCAUUUUGAUCGAAUCUGAUUCAGAUUGUGUGUCCGAGCAUGUCACUGACAAUGAUAGUGUGGUGUUGGUCUGA